AUGACACCUUCUCAUUCACAAAAGUCCGGCUAUCAUUCCAGCGGGGCCCCCUCUCUAAAAGCUGCCAUGUUACAACAUGCACAAGUCAGACCGCCCCGUGGGACCACCCCCAUCCCUGCGUCCGAAGUGGACGCGCGGACUGACGAGGAAAUAUUGCGCUCAAUCACGGCCUAUAUCGAACCGACGGAUAGCGAGAAGAACAUGUGGGCUUACUGGCACACCGGCUGGGCCAACAUGCCCCCAUGGACCCAGCGCAACGUUGUGUACUGGGCGCGUAUCCUUGGACCGACGUGGACUAUACGAGUUCUGGACGGCACCCCUGGCAGCGCAAACUACUAUGAGCGAUUCGUGCCACAUGAAUAUCUUCCGGCAGCAAUGAGGGAUGGGCACAUGUCUGGACCAUACGUCGCCACACACAGUGCUGAUUUCGUGCGCCUCCCACUGCUGUUCCUAUACGGCGGGUGCUGGCUGGACGUGGGCGCCCUGCUUGUCCGGUCCAUCCAAGACAUCUGGGACGUGCUGGUGGACCCGGAACAAAGUUAUGAGUUUGCUGCAUUCACUUACGUGAUGCGCCCAGGAGAGACAAGCAUCAUCAAUACGUGGAUGAUGGGCCGCAAGAACAUGGAAUUGCUGCGCCGCUGGCACGCUACCUUCCUGCACGUGUGGGGCGACAAGUCGUCGUGCGAUGGCCUGCACAAGCACCCGCUCUUCUCACACCUACGGCCCCUCGAAAGUCUGACUCAUGGGCUGAAAACGGACGAGAACAACGAGCCCGUGGCCAAGACAGACAAGCUCAUAGACUACGGGGGGCAGGUCUACUGUCUGGAACGGCUCCGAGACCUCGUGGACCGCAAUGACGGCUGGGACGGACGCAAGUGCAUCGAAGAGAAAGCAUUUCUCCUACCGGCACUAAAAGAGAUGUGGUACUACCAGGAAAGGACAGGCUACCUCGGGUCGAAACAGCACGAGCUGUUAACCACUCGGACGGACGCUCCGGAGCCCCAUAGGAGUAAUGCCGAGGACUUCGUCAACGACAUGCUUGCCAACACGCUACUCAUGAAGUUUUGUCACGGGUUAAAGGACACGAUGGUUUCAAGCCUGGCUGAUAUCUGGGAUGACCCGGCUCACCAUGGCGACGACACCGCCAGUGGCACCUUUGCCGAGUACCUGCGCUGGGGCACGGUUCAUCUGCGCCAGACAAGGACCCUGAAAUCGGUGCCGCUGACACCGCCGACUGGGAAGCUUCAACGCGUGGCAAUGUUCGAGGCGUUCACCGCAGAGCAGUGA